AUGGAAUUAAUAAAUUUGGAUGACAUAUUAUCUGUUGAUGACUCAAAUAAUCCUACUAUCAGCCUACCAAAACAUCAACGUUGUUGUUUCCAUAAUCUGAACCUUAUUGCAACUAAUGACGCUGAGAAAGCAGAAAAUGAUAUUAAUUAUAAGAGAAUAUCAAGAACAACAUUUGCUAAAUGUUUUGCCUUAAUUAACAAACAAAAUAUGUCCCCCAAAAUGGCUGAUAAUUGCAGAAUUGGGAAGAUACCUAAUAGCUCCAACAAGACCAGAUGGAACUCCUAUUUUCAGUCAAUGAAAUUAAUAGCCAAGAUGCUCUCUGAAAAGUUUUUAGAAGUAGAAGAAGUUUGUGAUAAAAUUGGAUUCACAAUGUUUAGGCAAGAAGAAUGUUUCUAUGUCAAAGAAUAUGCUUCAGUUAUGGAACCCUUGGCUAUAUCAUUAAAGAUAUUGGAACGGGAGGAUAACAUGGAGCAGGGAUAUCUAACCCCAGUUCUAACCAUACUUAUAGAUAAAUUAAAGAAAUUUAGCUGCCUGCGAUAUUGUCAGCCCCUUGUAGAGUGUGUUCUUAGAGGUAUUGAUAAAAGAUUCCCUUCACUAUAUGAUGAGAAUAAUAUAUUGGCAUCAAUAAUUCACCCAAAGUUUAGGCUCAAUCGGCCUUUUAUUAAUCUGCCACAAAAUUUGUUGCUAAAAGAAGGUUAA